GCGUGCUGCGCCGCGCGCGACUGCCGAGUGCUUGCCAGUGAUUAGUGCUCAGUGCCGCUGUCUGGUCGGAGUACGAGCGCUUAUCGAUUUGACGUAUUUAUAUCCGAUAGCAGGAUUCACUAUUCCCCUGCCUCUUUCAGCGCCUCGUGCGGCGUGCAGCCUGAGAUUUGCCUAGCUCUCAAAAAGCUGCCAGGGAGAGCAAAAUGCAGCCUGCAGCCGUCUCGCUGUUAAUUGUUGCGACAGCCGGUGCUUUGGCUCCGCCACGCCUAUUCUUUGACCUCAAGACGACGAAUGCGGCCGCGCUGGGCCGCAUAGAGGUCGAAUUGGCAGCCUUUGACAGCCUGCCAAGGUUGGUCGAGAACCUCCGCCUCAUCGCCGCGAACGAGAGGGCGCCGAGGUGCUCGUUUGAUGGCUCGCGAUUCAGACACGCGCCGCAAGGGCCUCAAUACAAAUGGUCGCACGAAUUCGAGGGCGCCGGCAACCGGCCGGCCAUCGAACCGUCUCUGCUCAAGACCGACGCCGCGCCGUCGUGCCGGCAUGACGUGUUCGGCGGGUCGUAUUAUGGGUAUCGAUGGAAUGAUGAUGCUGUGCUCCUCACGACGCCGCGUGUCGGUCCGGGCGCGCACAAGGCGCGGUUUUCGUUCGUGCGUGUGACAUCCUCGCCGCCGGCGUGGCAGGAACGGCUUCUCGUGAACUCGUAUGUUUUAGGCGUCUGCGCACCCGGCGCCGACGAAGUGCUCCAGGGGCUCUGCGAGCUCCCGGCCGACGCCGAGCCGCGCAUCGAGCGCGCGGGACUUCUAGACGUGGCGGACGACUGCCUGGUGCCGGCGCCCGCCGACGCGCGUCGGCGGCGUCCUCCGCGGUACGCCGUCGCCGCGACCUCGAACACGCAGGUCGACAUCGAGGAGCACUGCCUCUGGGACGUCGAGCAGGAGGCGGAGUGGCGCGAGCGGCGGUUUCUCCAGGUUGCGGACUGUGUCGAGCGACAAAGGGGCCGCGUCGAUCGAUUAUUCCCGCACAGGUCGAGAAGGAGGGCUUCCGCGACCCAGCUAGGGGGAACAGCGGGACCGUAAGGUAGCUAAUACGA